GUAAAUAAUUACUGUAUUUUGCACAAAGCAAUUUUAUCCAUCGUGAACAUGAUGGCUGAAGACUGGACGGAAUUAAAAACGGUAAAGGAAAGGGACGUGAUGAUAGGAAGAGCGCAAACCGCUCGGGCGAUUGUCAUCAGCGGAUAUGUUCUGAUGGUGUUGGCGUUCGUCGUAGUCGCUGUUCUUCCGUAUUUCGGCUUGUUGUUGACGAGGCACUUGACGAACCUCACGGAUCCGGGCAAGCCGUUGCCGUUGCAGACUUAUUAUUUUUACGAUACAGAUCCGAGUCCACAAUUCGAGCUGACGUACGUCAUUCAAGCCAUCACCAUCUUCCUGGCCGCUGUUACUUAUACGUCGGUGGACGCUUUUCUUGGACUCACGAUUCUUCACUUUUGCGGCCAGUUAGAGAACUUCAAAGGUCGCAUAACUAUUUUGGCUUCGUGCCAGAAUUUCAUCCGUAUUCUAAGAAACAAUGUGGUAAAUCAUCUGCGGCUCAUUAGGUAUCUGCAAAUAUCAAUCAAUAAUAUAAUUAGAAGAAACAAAAUCCAGGAAA